AUGCCCCGGCUCGGCAUGUUCUGGGUGGCAGCGAUCGGAGUGGGGGUCGUCACCUGCGCCGUCGUCUUCGUCCGUCAAAAGAGCCCGACGUUUUUCGUCAACCUGACGGCGGACGGCACGCCAGGGAGGGUUUUCAGUCGCGGCCCGUUCCGAGUGGUGGAGGACAGCGUGCGACCUCGGGACUGCUCUUUCGCCCAGGAGCCACUACCCAAGCCUGUCCGUGUCUGGCUCCCAGUCCUAGAUCUUCCCAGCAAGGAGUUAUCUGAUUCUUCCCUAGCUGCCACUGUUGCUGUUUCUGCUGCUGACGCUGAAGCUGAAGCAGCUCCUGGCGAUUCACCUAAUGAGAAGCUCGAAAACACCUGGCAGCAACAGAGGAGCACCUGGCAGGUGCCAGUGGUGGUGUUUCAGCACGGGUUCGCAUCUCAGAACUAUUUUUACUCCGACCUGCUCUCGAGAAUAGCCUCGCAUGGCUACAUUGUGGUGGCACCACAGAUGUACUCAAUAUUAGCUGGAUUCGACACAAUGCCAGAGAUGCGGGAUGCUGUGAAAGUCAUCAACUGGUUACACGCCAAUCUGCACACUCUAAUCGAUGCACGAGUUAAGCCUGCUGCCUUGGCUGCUAUACGGGCAGCUGGAAAGGAAGCAGGCAGAGAACAGGCAGCAGGAGAAGAGACAGUGGUGGUGUCGCAGCCUGAUUGGUCAAGGCUAGUGCUAGCAGGCCAUAGCCGGGGAGGGAAGGUGACGUUUGGAAUUUUGCGAAAGCUGGUGGGGGAGUUAGUUAAGUCUACAAAGCAGCAGCAGUCUACAACGCAGCAGCGUGGGUUCAUAGAGGCACAGUUAGCGGUGCCUAUUCAAGCCGCAAUACUCUUUGACCCUGUGGAUGGAACUGCUUCUAAAGCCACCAAUCCCCCCACACUCACUCAUCAACCGGACUCUAUCUCUCUGCUCAACAACCCUCCUGUACUCGUUAUAGGCUCAGGCCUGGGUCCCAUUCCCAGAGGCGGCAAAUCCCCUUCCGAUAAAGAAGGGAGGGAGUGUGAGGGGAGUGAGGAGCGGGAGGAGUGUGAUGGAGGUGGAGAGAAGGGAUAG